UGGCUAAAACCGCAGUGCGACGGCGGGAAAGAAAGUGUAAAUCUGUAAUUUAGGCUUUUAGUUUUAAGUAUAAGUUUAACUGGGAUAGGAGUGAUAGUUUGAGCAUUUCACUGUGUGUUAAAGUUAAUUACUUUCAUUACUGUAUAACUUGAGUAUUACACAUUGUAUCAAAAUGCCUCGUGAAAUGAUAAUGUUGCAACUUGGACAGUGUGGAAAUCAGAUUGGGUUUGAAUUUUGGAAGAAGUUAUGUGCAGAGCAUGGAAUAAGUCCUGAGGGAGUCUUAGAAGAUUAUGCUACAGAAGGAAGUGACAGAAAAGAUGUUUUCUUUUAUCAGGCAGAUGAUGACCACUACAUUCCUCGUGCAGUUCUUCUCGAUCUGGAGCCUCGUGUUAUUCAUACUAUAAUGAACUCUCCCUACGCCAAACUGUAUAAUCCAGAAAACAUUUACUUAUCCAAAGCUGGUGGAGGAGCUGGAAAUAAUUGGGCAGUGGGAUUUUCUCAGGUAGGAAGAAAAAUUAAUAUAAUGCAUUUAGUCUUGGUAGCUGGAAUUAGAAAAACCACAGUACUUGAUGUCAUGAGAAGACUCCUUCAGCCGAAGAACAUGAUGGUGUCCACAACGCAUGACCGGAAUGCUAACCAUUGUUAUAUCAGUAUCCUAAAUAUUAUCCAGGGGGAGGUGGAUCCAACUCAGGUACACAAAAGUUUACAACGAAUAAGAGAGAGGAAACUGGCCCAGUUCAUCCCGUGGGGACCUGCCAGUAUUCAAGUAGCCCUGUCUCGUAAAUCUCCAUACAUCCAAACAGCACACAGAGUGAGCGGCUUAAUGCUAGCCAACCAUACAAGCAUUUCCUCGCUCUUCGAUCGUACAUUACGCCAGUAUGACAAACUUCGGAAACGUGAAGCUUUCUUGGAACAGUUUCGUAAGGAGGCGAUCUUUCAGGAUAACCUGGAUGAACUGGAUUCUUCCAGGGAAGUAGUCCAGCAAUUAAUUGAUGAAUAUCUUGCAGCUACCAAACCUGACUACCUGACAUGGGGAAUGCAGCAAGCUGGUAUCGAUAUUAACUGACUACAACAUUGAGAGAAGAUCACGGUUUUGUAUAGUUGUUUUCAUAUUAUAGUAAGUGUACAUAAUUAUCUUCAAUACUGUUUGUUUUUGUUUGACUUAACUCUUUUACUUCUUUAAAAAUAUGUAUAAAAGAAAAUUUUCUAAACUCAAUAGAGAGAUUGUAACGACUGUUGCUUUGUUUUAUUUGUAAUUUGGCUCACUUAAAACAUUAUUCUGUGUGUUUAUUAAACAAGAUAAUUAUGUAUUUAAAAAAUCGGUGUUUUUCACAAAAAAAUUAUCUUCAUAAACUGAGCAUAUUUAGUUAUUAGCAUCUUUCUGUUCAAUAUUAUUUAAUAAAGUGAUAUUUUGAGUACUGAGUAAAAGUGUUUAAUAUUAGACAGAGCCAUGCAUAGUUUUGUUCUGCAACUUGUAUGACAUGUAAAAU